CUGGUUGUUAACUGCCCUAAAAGAAGACGACGAAGAAGAAGACGGCCAGUGACUAACCUUAUUUACAGGAGCUGAACUCCCCGACUUGCUGCGUCAUAUUCCCCAGUCGGCUUUGCUGACUUUUCAGACCGACAUUUAGAUCAUACAUAUCUCUGGCAAACAGCUGACCACAGAGAUAAAUACUGUUUGCGGUUCUUCCAACACAGCUAGCUUUAGCUAGCGGACCCCAUAGCAAAGAGAGCCAGCUAGUUGCGUAGCAGCGAUGGAGUGGCUGGGUAACGGGGCUUCAAUGUACCACGAUGAAGAGUCGAGCGUUUACCCAGCUUCAGCAGCCAAUGGCUUUAGUGGUGUUUAUCCUCACCAGCAGCAGUCAUCGCACCUUUGUGAUUGUGCCAUGGCGUCACUCUGCCAGAGCCAGCAGCGCUGUUUAAAGGCCUCUAUCGUCUCCAGCUGGAGACUGGCUGAGGCCCAAGAUCAGCUAUGCUCUCUAGGCGUCCACAGCUCUGAGUCCCUGGAACAGGAACGUGCUCGGACUCUGGCCUGCCCCACAGAACUCACGCACACUGAGGAGGAGUGGCGCCGCAAGGAGAGCAUGCUGGGAUGUCAGGAACCCAGCCGCAGCCCUGUGCUCAGAGCUGUUGGGAGUUGGGACGUUUUUGAUAAGAGUAUCAUCAAUGUCCAUAACCAACCUGUAGAAAUGGAUCAGGACAAGUGCAAGACAUUUCUCCAAAAGUACGACCAAGAGCUCAAGUAUUUUGGUAUGUUGCGGAGAUGGGACGACAGUCAGCGGUUCCUCGCAGACACGCCUCAGCUCAUCUGUGAGGAAACGGCCAACUACUUAAUUCUGUGGUGCAUGAGACUACAGCAAGAAGGGAAAGAGGCACUGAUGGAGCAGGUGGCACACCAAGCUGUAGUGAUGCAGUUCAUCCUGGAGAUGGCGUCGAACUCUCAGCAGGAUCCUCGAGGCUGCUUUAGACAGUUCUUCCAUAAAGCCAAAGAGGGACAAGAUGUCUACUUAGAAGUCUUCUAUACAGAGCUUGAGGCCUUUAAAGACAGAGUGAAAGAAAACGCAUUCAAGUCUAGAGGUGAUACACCCAACAACGUCGAUCAACAGAAAACUAUCACAAACUGCAUACUCGACCCCAAAGAAGCCCUGGACUCUUUACCUCCAGUGGCAGAGUAUCCUAUGAAACGUUGUUUGGAGGCUGGACUGUGGACAAGCACAGUGAGUUGGACAAAGAACGACGCCACAGAAACGGACGAUAUACGCAUGAUGGAGACUUCCUAGGGAUUGUAGGAUUGACCCCUGCUUUUCCUCCAUCUCCAUCGCCUCCCCAUUUAGGAACAACCUGAGUUGUAAGCCCUCUUCACACAGCAGGCUAGGCUGAAAACACCAGUGCAGAGCAGGAACAAAAGGAGGCAUGAUGAGUCUUUUACGCUGCAGGAAAAUGUUUUUUAAGGCAAACAUUUCUCAGUGGUGUCGAUUUUAUGCCACUGUGGUUGGCCUCUGGUGAAUUGGUUCCUGCAGUGUCUCUUGUCAGCUAAAUGCCAUAACCCUGGUUUUACAGAUGACUAUCCUUCAAGCUGGUGUUACUUUUUAUUUCUCCUAAAAAAAAAAAGAAACAUCCUUAUAUGGAAGCAUAACAAACUGACAAAUUGAAAAUUAAAUCCAGACAACACAAAGAAUACUAAACCAAUAAAGUCUUUGGGCAGUUAGGUACCAAAUCUAAUGCCUAAAGUAGGACUCGGGUCAGAAGACAUCUGCGGAGUAUUGUUAUAGCUGCUUAAAAUGAAUCAUGAGAAGCAGACUAGACUAGAUGGUCUGGACUAGACUAGAUGGUCUGAUAUAUUGUGCUUGACCUUUUAGUAAUGCAAAGUAUCUUAAAGUAACAUUUAAUACUACCUGAUGUGCUAGUGUACAGUAACUACUGUAAAAUAGAGAGAAUGUGGUCGAUCAGCAGAUACGAUCUAUUGAAUAAUUUGAUUAUGAUACAGUUUACCUGAAGGUGAAGCCGUGGUGUUAUGUAUGGAAGACUUUUCUCUUGUCACUUGUCAUACCUUUUAUAUUUGGUAAUAACAUACAUGGCCUCACAUCUUUUUAUUAUGUUUUCAUUGGUUUACUAAAAGCUAGUCUGCUAGAUGUAUGCUAAUGAGUAAAGAGCAGUUUGUGUGUGUUUUAAUGGCACAAUGUGUGAAUCUGGAAACUAAUAUAGUGCUUCAGUUGUGGUUACUUGGAUUUGUGUUUUCUCCAGAAUUUAACUCGUUGGUCUAGAAUUAAAUUACAAUCAGAAAGCAAAACAUUUUGGUUUAAAAGGUCUUGGGUCAGAUUCACCCUACAGGCCUUGGUUUUUGCAGCUUUUAGACUCACAGCUGAUAUGCAUUUACACAGUAUGGGUUUGCACACAACACGCAGGUCUCAGGCUCAUUAUCAUGAGAGGAUAAAUAAUGCAAUAUGUGUGGGUGGCUAAGUCAGUUAGCUGGCUCAGUGUUGUCUAAAAUGAGGGACAGGGAUGCUUCAAGAUGGAAGCUUUUGGUGCAGAGGUUUCAACUUAAACUUGGCUUUUGUCAUACAUUAUUGUGUCAUUACCUGAUUGUUGCCAUUCCUUGUUGUGCCAGAAAGGCCAUAACGAGCUGCCUCUUUUGUUGCUCAAGGUAUAAUAAGAGUUGAUGUUUGGUUAUCUUUGAACACUUUGCUGGACGGCAGGAACGUAAAGGUCGGAGCAUGUUACAACUUCAGGAGUGGGAGAGUUGAUUGUAAUUUAUGCAUUUCUUGAAAGACGGCCUUUCCAAAAAAAAGUAUUCAGAGUGUUGUCUGGGGAGGCUUAAAGAGGCAAUUACUGUAAUUUGCGUAAGUAAUCAGACUACCUCUUUUACAUCUACCAUUUACAUGCAUCUUUGACAUUUAAUCAAUUAAAUGUCCAGUCCAUAUAAAACAGAAGAUGACAGUAAUAGUUGUUCUUCAUUUGGCUGCAUUUGCUCAUAUUGUCCUCCUCCUGUCCUUUUGUGGACAGAAAUUAUUCAGCCUUUCAGAACACUAGUCAGGCUUAACAUAGACAAAUAAUGAGCUUAAGACAACAGUGCAUGCUUUUUUGUAUGUGAGACAAUAUAACAACUCAGCAUAUAUAACAUGACAAAGCACUCCGAUUUUGACGCAGAAAGGCGUUAUAGAGGGACAAAGUCAGCACAAUUUUAUGAGGAUAUUUGGGACAAUCUUAGUGUAAAUGUGAUUUCUUUUUUUCUCCAUAUCCUGAUGUUAUCUGGGUGCAAGAGGCAUGGUAAAUGUAAGGUGUAAAGAGGACACUCACUUUUGCCAGUUUGGUUGGUUAUAAGUCAUUACCUGAAUUAUGUUCUUCUUAUGAAUUUUUUUUUAUCCGGCAUUGAGAUAAUCAAAGCCUCAAAUUUCAACUGGCACACAGGUGAUGGUAAUGAAAGGGUUUACUAGGCCUGCAUUGGCUUUGUCUAUUUAUUUCUCUGGUUCGGAGUACAACUAGCUUACAUUUUCUUUACCAGCUUGCCAUCUGGAGCAUCCAGCAUCUAAAACCAGACCACAACUGCAAGUUUCCUUUUAUCCAAGUGUUCUGUGCAGACUGAAGUCUGUGUGUUGGUUAAUAGUUCACAAUUCUGGGAUCUACACCUGAGAAGGAGCUCAAAAGCACUGGUAUUGGGGGGGUCUGAUUGAUCCACAAAGACACUAUUGCUGUAUUUUUGUGUGCAGAAAGGAACUCUGCAUCUGAAUGUUUCCUGCACUUUAUAUGUCUCUGCCGUUUAUUCUUCCUCCAUAGCAUAUUUUGAUUUUGUCACCUUUUUUUUUUUUUUUUUUUUUUUUUUUUUGCUGUGUUCCCAGUCAUCCAGAAUUGAAUCAGAAAUUCUGUACAUUUUUAUUUUACAAGCAGGCUUUAGAUGCACUUGUUUUGAAUUGUAUGACAUUUUGUUUUACUUUUUGUAUUCUUUUUGCUGACUUUUUGUUGUCGAGGCGUUCAAGGGAGCUUUUGCCAGAUUUAUCAGGCUUCCAAUUAACUGUCCCAUUGAUAAUAAUCUUUAUUGAACAAGAAGGAAUCUACUGAGCAACACAAUCAGUUAGAUAUUUACUGAAGACUGUGGAAUUAAAGUUACCAUAUGAUGCAUUAAAGCACAAUACAUGUGUUUAUCACAUAAAGCUACCAUGUGAUGCAUCGUUGAUUCUGCAGUGCACCUGUAAUUUCACUAUCAAUAAUUUCACAGAUUUAUGUAUUUAUUCUCUGCACAGUGCUGGUGUUGGGCAGUGCACAUAUAAGAAGAAUCAUAAAUACCAUACACACAAACUGACGUAUUGUAAGCAGUGAAGCUAAAGCAAUGUGCUGUGGUGGUCUUAAAUGUAUUUCCUUUUUUUGUCCACAGUGACUUAUCAACUAUGCAAAACAAUUGUAUGGCUUACACUGUUGUACUAAACCUGUGGCCAGUGUCCAUGGUGUCUCAACAUCCUAAAUUAUUUAAAGACUAUCGCUAAAUUUGUGACUGUGAGACUUAGUAUAGGAAUUUCAGUCACUUAGCCGUGAGCUUUAGGAAAAGUAUACACUUCCAAUUCACAGUAGGCUGCUAUAAGAUUUGGUUUCUCUUGCCGCUGUAAAAACUCAAAUAUAAAACUAAUGCUCAAUGUUUGUGUCUUGUCAACUGCUACAGUUAUUUGUAGUCCUGCCGUAAUUAUACAAAGGGCUCAUCUGGCAUGAAGUUGAGUUGCAUUGUGGGUAACCGAGGCACCAAUAAAAAUGGGGACUACUGGGGACUCCCGAA